AGUCAGUUACCUCUUGCUAUGGAGUAAAUUAUCCCUAAGGAAGCACAGGCAUUACUUAACAGACAUGCUAUGGGUGUUAUUUUCACUCUGUAUAUGUGUACUCUCACUAAUUCUCUUCUACUACCCUCGCAUCAGACGGGAAAAUGAGCCCCCUUUGGACAAAGGUGUCAUCCCCUGGUUGGGACACGCACUCGCAUUCCAAAAGGAUGUCGCAAAGUUUUUGUGCCGGAUGAAAGAGAAACACGGGGAUGUGUUUACCGUGUGUGCUGCGGGCAAUUUCGUGACCGUGCUGUUAGAUACGCAAUCUUUCGAUGCAGUGCUGAAUGACAACGUCCACUUGGACUUCAGCCGCAGCAGACAGCAGCUCAUAAAAAGAGUUUUCGGUCUGCAGCUGCCAGGCGUCGAGCCCGCAGCAGAGAGAACCUUAAUGGAAACACAUUUUCGAGGUGUCUGUCUGUCGGAGAUCAAUCGUUCAAUGAGCGCUCACAUUCAGGAGAUACUGUUACGUCAUCUGUCCGGCCAAUCAGAUUGGAGACAAGAAGGACUCUUCAGCCUAUGUUACAGCCUCCUCUUCAGAGCCGGCUACCUCACGCUGUUUGAGACCACGGAGGACGUCGCGGCGAUCUACAGAGAAUUCCGCAAGUUUGACCAUCUUCUUUCCAAACUGGCUCGUCGCUCCCUCCAAGGAGGGGAGAGCCAGACAGCCCACUCGUCACGGGAGCGACUGUGGGAACUUCUGUCUCCGAGCAACGAGCACAACGGGGACGGCGAGUGGGGGUCCUGGCAGCGGAACUACCAGUGCUUCCUCCAGGAAGAGGGAGUGGAUGCUGACAUGCAGAGGAGAGCUCUUCUGCUGCAGCUGUGGACUACACAGUGUAAUGCUGGACCAGCAGCCUUUUGGCUCCUCGGUUUCCUGCUUACUCACCCUGAGGCCAAGGAGGCGGUCCAAUCAGAGAUGAGAGGCCUUCGUCUUGAGGACAGCUCCCCUCAGCAGACCCCCAGCAUGGCGCGAGCGAAGAAGACACACGGUACACCCGUGUUAGACAGCGUUCUGAAAGAGACUCUAAGACUCACCGCCGCUGGGAUGAUCAGCAGAGAUGUGGUGAAAGACAAGGUCCUGCACAUGGUCAACGGGCAAGAGUACCGCCUCAGACGGGGGGACAAAGUGUGUCUCUUUCCCUUUCUCAGCCCCCAAAUGGACCCAGAGAUACACCGAGAACCGCAGAUUUUCAAGUAUGACCGCUUCUUAAAUGAAGACCUGACUGCCAGGGAAGAUUUCUACAAGGACGGCAGAAGGCUGAAGUACUUCACCAUGCCCUGGGGGGCAGGGAGUAACAUGUGCGUGGGGAAAGACUUUGCGGUGACAACCAUUAAAGAAUUUGUACUCUUGAUGUUGACCCAUCUGGACCUGGAAGUGUGUGACCCGGAGGCUCACGUGCCGCCCUUCAAUCCGAGCCGCUACGGUUUCGGGAUGCUGCAGCCACAGGGAGAUCUACUCGUCCGCUACAGACCAAAAAGAAUGACUUCAUCUUAAUUUAAGCAAUGGAUAUUUUAUUUAUAUCUGUAUGUAUUUAUUUAUUCUUGUACAUACCAAUGUUAUGUUUAAAUUGUGUUGUUGUCACGUGGUUUCAUUUCAAGUUCAACAUGUUGGACAUAUUUGAUAAUUUACCCAAAAUACAACAUUAUUAAAAAAGGGAUACUGGAUGACAUUCCUGCCUCUUACCCAGCAUCUUCUCAUUUCAUGUCACUUAGAAUAUUAUUAUAUAUUUAUAUAUUUUACUUAGAAUAUUAAUAAAAAUGAUUUCCAACAUGGA